AACUUCCGAACUCUGCGACAAACACCAAGAUAGAUUUGCAUUUUCCAGUAGCCACGUUUCAUAAAACCCGCAAUCAAACAGAACUCCAUGCGCCGGGACACGUAGCCAACGAUGUUCUCAUCUCUCUCUUACACUUUCACAUCUCUAGCGUUCAGCACACCCAACGAAGAACGAAACGUACACAAAUAAGGUUCCGUCCGCCGAUCAAUCUUUUGUUUUGUAAAAUCCUUGAAUAAUCUUGCAAAUGGUGAAGCUAGCGUCGGCACGAGAGAGCAGAAUGUACGGCCCAAGGCUGAGUCGAAACAGAGCAGAAUACAUAAACGCAGGGCUUUAUGUAUUUGCUACCAUUGUUCUUAUUGGUGGGUUUGCAGCCGAGUUCUCAAUGGAGCCUAGGUCGGGUCUGGUCCUUGUGUUCAUAGCCUUAGCGAUCAUUAUGUUUGUCAAUCUUCAUGAUCUCGUUGCGCAUCUCGCCGGGAUUGAUUACAGGUUAACUUUGAUGGGAUACGAUGUGCAACUCGCGCUUGUGGAGUUUGCGGUCCCUGUAGUUCAAGCCUUCGGGGCUUUGCUUUUGUUCUUGGGUUUCUUUUUUCUUUUUCUUCAGGAAGAGAAAGGAUAUGGUUACUUCAAAUUGGAAAGGCACGCCCUUAACAUGCUUAUCGCUGGACCAGCUCUAUGGGUGCUUGGAUCAAUCCACAACUCGUGUCAAAUUUACGAGAGAGCUGAUGGGCAUGUCCAAAUCUUGCAAGGAAGUGUCCAUAUCCCAUUUUUAAUGGGAAGCUUGUUGUUCUUUGUUGGUGCAAUGCUUAAUAGACAAGAGCAGGCUGGUUCGGACCAUCAUGGAGUACUGCUAUUGGGAAGAACUUUGGUAUGGAUGGGCAUCUUUGGGAGUGUGUUGCUGUUUACUGGGGGAUUAACAAAUGUGGUAAAAGUGUUCAAGAUGCAGCAAAUUGAUGGACUGCGGCUGGAGAAACUGCGAGGAGGGGCUCAGGAACGUUUGAUGCAGCAGAGAGAAGGGCAGCUCCCGCUUAUCGCAGAAGAGCAACGCAGGAGGCAAAUAGUAAUCGAAGAAACAAAAGCUGCAGCUGUUCCUGUUCCAACUCCUUACAAGGAUGUGCUUAUUGGUCGUUGAUCGCUUCAUUUAUCUACGAGGAUCACCAAUCUUCUUGUCAUC